GGUGGCGGGGACGGACGCAGGCUGUGGGGCUAGGGCACGCGGGCUCCCUCCGCGGACACACCGACUGAGGUACCGCUGCCGCCACCGCCGCGGGCCGCCCGAGGGCCUGGCUUGUGAGGUUGCGCGGAGCCCGAGUGGCGUCCGCCCGAGCUUCAGGCUUAUUUGUCAUCAUGGAGCUGCUCCACCCAGCCUUCCCUAACUGCUUCCUGCUGACCUGGGUCAGCUUAUGGAGUGCUAUUCCUGAAGCUCACGCUGUGUCCACGGGGACGCCAGGCAUCAGUGCGGCCUUUUUCCUGCAGGACCUCCUGCAUCGCUACGGGGAGGGUGACAGCCUCACCCUGCAACAGCUCAAGGCCCUGCUCAACCACCUGGAUGUGGGCGUGGGCAGGGACAAUGUCACCCAGCCCGUGCACGGACAGAGGAACCUCUCGACGUGCUUCAGUUCUGGAGAUCUCUUUGCUGCCCACAAUUUGAACAACGAGUCACGGAUUGGAAGGACUGAGUUCCGGGAGUUCUGCCCUGCCAUCCUCCAGCAGCUGGAUUCCCGAGCCUGCUCCUCUGAGAACCAGGAGAACGAGGAGGAUGAGCAGACAGAAGAGGGGAAGCCAAGCGCCAUCGAAGUGUGGGGAUAUGGUCUCCUCUGUGUGACUGUCAUCUCCCUGUGCUCCCUCAUGGGGGCCAGCGUGGUGCCCUUCAUGAAGAAGACUUUUUACAAGAGGCUGCUGCUCUACUUCAUAGCUCUGGCGAUUGGAACCCUCUACUCCAACGCCCUCUUCCAGCUCAUCCCCGAGGCUUUUGGCUUCAACCCUCUGGAAGAUUAUUAUGUCUCCAAGUCUGCAGUGGUGUUUGGGGGCUUUUAUCUUUUCUUUUUCACAGAGAAGAUCUUGAAGAUGCUUCUUAAGCAGAAAAAUGAGCAUCAUCAUGGACAUAGCCAUUAUGCCUCUGAGACACUUCCUUCCAAGAAGGACCAGGAGGAGGGGGUGACCGAGAAGCUGCAGAAUGGGGAUCUGGACCACAUGAUUCCUCAGCACUGCAGCAGUGAGCUGGAUGGGAAGGCCCCCGUGAUGGACGAGAAGGUCAUCGUGGGCUCACUCUCCGUCCAGGACCUGCAGGCUUCCCAGAGUGCCUGUUACUGGUUGAAAGGCGUCCGCUACUCUGAUAUUGGCACUCUGGCCUGGAUGAUCACCCUGAGCGACGGCCUCCACAAUUUCAUUGAUGGCCUGGCUAUCGGUGCCUCCUUCACCGUGUCUGUUUUCCAAGGCAUCAGUACCUCAGUGGCCAUCCUCUGUGAGGAGUUCCCACACGAGCUAGGAGACUUUGUCAUCCUGCUCAAUGCUGGCAUGAGUAUCCAACAGGCUCUCUUCUUCAACUUCCUUUCUGCCUGCUGCUGUUACGUGGGUCUGGCCUUUGGCAUCCUGGCUGGCAGCCACUUCUCUGCCAACUGGAUCUUUGCACUGGCUGGAGGAAUGUUCUUGUAUAUCGCUCUGGCUGAUAUGUUCCCUGAGAUGAAUGAGGUCUGCCAAGAGGAUGAAAGGAACGGCAGCGUCUUGAUCCCCUUCGUCAUCCAGAACCUGGGCCUCUUGACUGGCUUCACCAUCAUGCUGGUCCUCACUAUGUAUUCGGGACAGAUCCAGAUCGGGUAGGGCCCUGCCAGGAGCCGACGGGAUUGGAAGCUGGCCCUCGGCCGCCCGGUCCCUGGCCCUCGGCCGCGGUGCCCACGACGCACCAGACUGUGACACGGACUGUACUCCUGCAUUCACAUGUCAGCUGUUUUUACACAUGCUCUGUCCUAGGAAUAAGCCGCCCUGGCAACCAGGCUCUAGGUAGUGCCUCUCCCUCCCUCCUCCUUCUUUCUCAGAGUGACCCUGGAACCGGAAUGCAGCUUCCUUAGCAGGCAAGCCUCACUUUUUUCUCUGGCUAUCCUGGCCUCUUUCUCCUCAAACCAGCAGCGAGAGAUUUUGCGUCCUUGCCCUACGAUGCAGAAACACUGCCAGUGCUCGUGACUUGGGUAGCAGUAGCAGGAGGUGAGUCUCUGGUUGCAGGGCCCCUGAAUCUAACUGUGUGUCCUGGACCUCAAGAUGACCCAUUUUGAAAUAAAUUCACCUAUUUUUCCAGAGAAAAGGUACAGGAAGCAAGAAUCCCUGUUUUUUCAAAGUCUGUCCAGUUGCCUGGUUUUUCAGAGAGAACUGAAAGUUGGAACACGUCGUGUAGGGCAAGAGAGGAGGCAAGGAUCAUCCUGGGGUUGGGGGGGGGGAUAGAAGUGAUGGCUGUGUCCCUGUCCCCCCCCCACACACACACACAUCCCGGACGAUGGUGUUGUGGCCGCAGGGCUGAGCCAGCGCCCCCCGCUGGUGGAAUGCUGUACAGGGGUCAGUUGCCUGGACCUCCUUCCCUUCUUUCACAUUAACACUGACAGAAUGGAAGGCGGAGAAUGGAGCCGUGCAAGAAAUCAAUUGGUUUGCUCUGAUUUCCACCUCCCCUUCCUCCCCCUCUCCCAUCUUCUGAGAGUUAUUUUAUCUGCCUCCCUAGAAGCACAUUUACAAUCUUGUAUCAGAGGGGAGACUGCACAAAUUUCCCUCCCCUGGUCAGUACUUCUGCUGCAAAGUGGCACGUUUCCUUCCAGAAUUGGGUGCAGCUCAUGCGCUUCUUAGACAAAGCUGAUCAGAAAUGGACUUGGUGCAGGCCCAGCUGCACCUUUUGUUGAUUGCAUAAAUAAAAGUACAAGUAAUGGAAGACGGGGCCCUGUAAAUGCUUGCUGAACAGGGGCUUCCAGAUGAGGCACUGUGAGUGGAUUUUAGGUCCCCCUUCCUCCCUCACCCCAAGCGAGAAAGGGCGAAUCCUAUACUGCAUUGAACCUUAAUCGCUCUAACCCUCUUCAGAAGAUGGAUUGAUAGACUUGUCUGUGAGACUGUAGGCCAGCCCCAGGCACCGUGGAGCCCUAUCCUCAGAACUCUGGCUUCAAGGGGAGCUCAUCUCCAGGUUCACUAGGUGAAUUGAUUUAUUAUUAUCAUAUUGAUAAUGUGAGAUUCUUUAGCCACUUUGGGGAGCCAGUCUCUCCAGAAGCCUUUCUUAGUGGUGCCCACAGUUACAGCCCAGGGGCUGUGUUCACUAACUGAUUUGUGUGCAUGACUGACGAGUGCUGGUCAUGGCCAACACCUGUGAGUUUUUCUGUUCUUACACAGGAAGACUUUCCACUGUACAGUAGUUAAAAGCCGCGUCUAUUUUGUUUUUGUUUUUUUUUCUUCUUGGGAAAUGGCCCUCAAACCAGGAAUAGUCUUGAAAAGAGUAUGAGCGGGAAAACUGCUGGCAAUGCUUUAUACAUUUUUCUCCUUCUCUUGCCUGUUGACUUGGAUAGAUUUGAGAAUGGGCUGAAGAAGAAGGAAAACUUGAGUUCUCAAGAUUCUAGAGUAAGUAUCAGGACUGACUCCUGAUAGGAUUAUAGUCCAGUUUUACCAAAGAACCAAUUCUUUGAAUGUUGGAAUCUAACUUUUUAUAUUAUCAUUAUUUUUAUUAUUGUUACUGUUUUAAAACGGUUCUCUGUCUUUUCUGUUUUAUUUUUCUCGGUGUCUGACAUUGCUUUCAGGAGCUAGUAGCAAAUAACACUCAAACCUUGAAGCCUUCACCAAGAUUUUUCUUUCCCUAAUUCACACGGAUAUAUGAAAUUUAUAAUUUUAGCAUUCCCUGUAGACCUGUCAUUCCUACAAAUACUGUUCUUCUUGGAGUGGGACCCUAAGUUAGAGUUAGUGGGUCCUAGUUUUAGGAGAAGAGCUUGAAAAUGUAAUUGUUACCAACUUAAAAAAAAAAUAAAGUAUGAAGUACUAGGGUGCUUUCCCUUUUCAUGCACAUCUAUAUUAACUUAAGAACUUUCCUUUCAUAGACAGCUGCCUCAAAGGGAAAUUCUCUUUAAACUGUAAUUGGUCCAGAGGCCAGUGCUGGCUGGAACUUGGUUGGGGUGGAGCCCCGCGAGUAGUCAACUGAGUGUCUGUUCCCACUGGUGGCAGAUUCACCUCAUGAGUUGAACAUGUGGCGAUUCCCUUUUGACUUUUAGCUCUUGGAUUUGCUGUUUUAAGCAUUUGUACAUAUUAGAAGUCUGAGGAGUAGCAAGUUUUGAGAUCUUGUUCACCCCUGGCAUUAGUGUCUCCCACGUCUUUCCCCAGGUGACCAGCUCCUAAUGUUAGCAAGGAAAGCAUAUGUCCCGUGCAGGAGCUGUGACCUGGGAGCAGGCAGCUUGCCUUCUGUCUUUGCCCCCAGACGCGGUUAGUAUCUCUUGUGUCUAGUGUCAGCGUGGGGCUUUCCCUCAUUGGUUCUUCACCCUGGGUUUAAAAGAGAAGGCAUCUCUGUUGGGUAUCCUAAGAUCUGUCUGUAGUUAGUCCUCUUCCAAAGAGAUGGUAGUGUUCUGGAAAUCUGCUAAAAAACAAAAAGCUGUCUGAGUUUUGCAAAAGAGAGAGGUUAAGCUUUUGUUGUUCAUCUUUCCUUUUACAGUUCUGAAGUUCCAUCACAGUAUUUUUUUUAAAUAACUCAGGUGUUAUGAGGAUAAACUAGAAAAGAAAAUAACUUAUGUGGACUGUAAAUGUUUUAUUUGUAAGAUUCUAUAAAUAAAGCUAUAUUCUGUA